CUUCUAAUAAACCAAACGUUUGAAAUAAAAUCUUUCCCUUUCCUUUCUUUUCCCUUCCUUUCUUUUCUCAACCUUUCCUUUAUUUUCACUCCCAUGGAGAUUUCUGCCAUUUCUGGUUCCAGCGAUGACUCCAUUGUUAGGAGGUCCGUGAUUGUUGAAGAUUAAUUCAAUGAAUUAGAUUAAUUUUUCAAAGCAUUUAAAAAUUUGUAGUGCCGACCUUUAUAUCCCUAUUGUGAUUUGCUAUGAUAAUUUGUGGUCGUUAGCUGUUUGAUGGAUUGAAUGUAUUCGUGAGGAUGCAAGUUUUCCAGGAUUGAAUUCCGAAGUCAUUCGCGCUCUCUCUCUCUCCCCUAGAUGAAAUAGAGAAUGCUUCUGUUCUUCCAUCCAAGGAGUGUUAGGCAGUUGAUCAGAUAUCACCAGAACACUGCAGUUCGUGCUAUUGCUUUUAACUCAACCAGUGAAUCAUGUGUUUCCCUGGAAAAUGAAAGAGAGAUUGAUAGAAUCGCUAAAAUUAUAAGUGACCAUCCGUUUCCUGAUGUACCACUUCAGCCUACCCUUCUUCACCAUAUUCCUCCUUCUAACCUUUCUGCUAAAUUUGUUGAGAAUGUCCUUGGCCGCUUAUUUGCAGCCAAUACGAAUGGUGUUAAGGCUUUCGAGUUCUUCAAGUUCACCCUUCACUAUUCCAAUGUAUCUCUCACUUCAGAUGCAAUUGAAAAGACACUGCACAUUCUUACAAGAAUGCGAUACUUUGAUAAAGCAUGGGAAGUGAUGGAAGAAAUUAUCGAAAUAGAUCCUUCCCUGCUCACCCUCAAGUCAAUGAGUAUUGUUCUAUCCAAAAUUGCUAAGUUCCAGACCUACGAAGAGACACUUGCAGCAUUUGAGAGGAUGGAGAAACACAUAUUUGUUGGAAGGAAUUUUGGAAUUGAUGAAUUCAAUGUGUUGCUUCGUGUUUUUUGCACCCAAAGACAGAUGAAGGAGGCAAAAUCUAUUUUCAACAAAAUGUAUUCACGAUUCCCAACAAACACCAAGACCAUGAACAUAUUGCUCUUGGGUUUUAAGGAAACUGGCGAUAUAACUUCGGUUGAACUAUUCUAUCAUGAAAUGGUAAAAAGAGGUUUCAAGCCUAAUGGCAUCACAUAUAACAUCAGAAUUGAUGCUUACUGCAAAAGAGGUUGUUUAGAUGAUGGAUUGAGACUUUUUCAAGAGAUGGAACAUUCAAAUUGCUCGCCAACAUUAGAAACAGUCACUACUUUGAUUCAUGGGGCAGGUGUUGCUAGAAAUGUGACUCGGGCAUGGGAGUUGUUCAAUGAACUACCUACAAGAAAGUUAUGCCCUGAUGCUGGGGCUUAUAAUGCGAUGAUAAGUGUUCUUGUGAAGUGUAGACAGGUGGAAUAUGCCAUUAACUUGGUGAACGAAAUGGAAGAGAAGCAUAUUUCUCCUGAUGGCAUAACUUAUCAUACCAUGUUUCAUGGCUUGAUGAAGUCAAAUGGUAUUGAGGCUGUUAGAGGUUUCUAUGAAAAAAUGGUAAUGCAGAACUUUGUUCCAGAAACACGUACAGUAGUGAUGCUAAUGAAAUUCUUUUGUGGAAAUCGCUAUCUUGAUUUAGGUUUGAAUUUGUGGGGCUACUUGUUGGAGAAGGGUUCUUGCCCUCAUGAUCAUGCAUUGGCUCUUCUGGUGACAAGUUUAUGUUCACAUGGGCGGGUUCAAGAAGCUUUUGAUUGUGCCAAACAGAUGUUAAACAGAGGAAGGCAUAUGGGUAAACCGGUGUUCCACAUGUUGGAGAGGUUUUUAAGGGAAGCAGGUGAGAUUGAGAAACUAAAGAACCUUGAUGAGAUGAUAAGGAAGUUGGGCACUGCUUAUCCCCCAUCAAGAGGACAUGCUCUUGGGCUUUCUACUCCAUUCUGUUAAGAAACCUUUUGGCACUCAAGUGUUAUUCGUGGUGUAUAUAAUAUUCCCCAAAAUAGAAUAUGCACCAACUGAGGGUGUGUAGAAAGAAGGAUAAACCAAGGGUCAAGUGUAUGCGACUAAGAGUUCUCUAUCGAUUUUAGUAAUGUUUGACUGUGAUGGAUGCUGAUGAACUUUUUUACCAGAAGGAAUAGGAAAAAAGAAAACGACUUGGAUUCAUCAGCAGAGCAAUAUUGUGAAAUGACAAAUUGGUGGGCAAAUAUUUGUGGUCCAGAUGCUGACUAAGGAGCUACUUCUGUUUCGAUCAGUUGCGGGAUGCUACUGCAGUACCCAAUUGCUAUUGUUGCAGGGGUAUUGGUGCCAUUGGUUGAAUGUGCAGCUGAAUUGAAAUAUGGCUGUUGCGUCCAAUAUUUUUUGACUGAGUACUGUGUGAUGUGCUUAAAAAGCAAGCCGAACUACUGGCUAUGAUUGAAUGUUCUGGUUAAUUUUUCUGCUAUUACACUCUAUAUGAUGAACGUGCUCUGUGAAAUUCAAAUGAAUUCUUUUUGGAAGGUGAUCCUCGUAA